AUGUGCAGCCUGACCGGGACUCAUAAAAAGUAACCCUGUAUGGGCCUCAAAAUGAGCAUCUACUGCGCAUGCGUACAACAAUCGGAUUUUCCGUACUAUUUAUAGGCAUGUUUUGUAAACAAACGGUUUCAGCUGAGAUAGUAUGGCUAUAUUCCGUUGGAUGAGACGGAGGGUAAAAUGUUGUUGUUUAUCUUGUUGUGGAGUAAUGGUGUUCAUUGUAAUCUCCCUUGCCUUAUUUGGACGCCACAUGUACAAGAAAGAGCACUGUACAGAAGGGGAAUCUAAGAAGAUCAUAGAAGACUUGUGCAAGUUAUACAAAGAAGGAGAGGUUGCAGGGUCGUUGUGCAAUGCUUUAUGUGAAACUGAAGAUGUUCAUUAUCAAACUUGUACUAACUACAGAAAAGGGAAGAAAGUUCUUUUCCUAACUUGUGAUUCUUGUGUCCCUGAUAAAACACGUGUCACAGUCGUCAUGAAAAUGAAAGAUGAACUUGAUGAGAGAGAAAAAUUAAACAUGUUCCACUUAGAGUUGGAUACAUCAGAAAGGCAGAGGCAGUAUGUAGAGGAAAUAGAAAUUUUAGUAAAAAAUUCAUUCAUGUUUCUUCGCCAUAACGAUAUGUCGAAACAUAAGGAUAUUUUAUCAUUUGCAUGGGGUUGGAAUUUUCAGGAAUACUUGGAGAAUAGCAAAGAUAAGAAAGAUGCUGUUGUUGUUGCCUUGUCCAGUCUCUGGUCUCUAACAGAACAACAGGAAUACCUGAUGUCACGUGACCUAUAUAAUCAUUCAUUCACUCCAAGAAUAUAUGGUACCUGUGGGCCAGCUUAUUUUGUUGAAAACACUCAAACUUUGGGCAAUUACGAGUUUGAAAUAUUAAAAGGAUGGACACAUUCUUGGCGGGAAAGAGCAACAAUAGCUUUAAAAUUGAUAGAUCUCAUGAAAGAACUAGAUGAUUUAAGUGAAAAAUUGCAUCUCUGUGAUAUAAAACCAGACAAUUUUGGUCUAAGGGACAAUGGGGAGGUAACUCUGAUAGAUACAGACUGUGCCUUGUUUGAGGAGAAUCUGCUCAUGCAGUUUAAUCACACCAACUGUACAAGCCAUGAUGACUGCGACUUCUUCGAUUGUAGAGGCUUCUGUGACACUAAAACUAAUAAAUGUUUACAAGAAAGGACCAAUAAUAAUAUGCAGGCAGUAUGUGAGGAUGUAUUUGUGGGGUACUUUCCUAAGAUGCCAACAGGUUUACUCAGAGAUCCACCAGGUUCUAUCAAGGUUGAACUCUUCAAACUCCUACAAGAAUGCUCAAGCCCGGAAGUGGAGACAGAUCGCCAAGGUGUCCGCCAACGUGUACAACCUCAUACAAUAAAAAAUCUGCAAGAGUUACUUCAUAAAAGUAUUGGGGAGCAAUAACGUCUCAUCUUAAAAAACAUUAUACAAGUCAUUUGUUUUAAUUUGAAAUUAAUUUUUAUGCCCCCGCCAUGUAAUGGCCGGGGCAUAUAGUGUUACCCUGUUCCGUCAUUCCGUCCUUCCAUCCUUCCGUCCUUCCGUCAUUCUGUCAUUCCGUCAUCAUCAGUUUCCGUUCAUUAUCUUAAGAACGGUUGCACACAUUCAACUCAAAUUUGACAUAUGGAUAUGUCAUGAGAAAAUACAGGUCAAGUUCGAAUUUGGUCAUGGUUCGAUGAUUUUUGGCAGAGUUAUGCCCCUUUUACUUUGAAAAUAAUAUGAAUUUUUCAGUUUCCGUUCAUUAUCUCCCCAACGGUACAACACAUUCAACUCAAAUUUGACAUAUGAAUAUGUCAUGAGAAAAUACAGGUCAAGUUCGAAUUUGGUCAUGGUUCGAUGAUUUUUAGCAGAGUUAUGCCCCUUUUACUUUGAAAUAAUAUGAAAUUUUCAGUUUCCGUUAAUUAUCUACCCAACAGUGUUACAUAUUCAACUCAAAUUUGACAUAUGGAUAUGUCAAAGGAAUGGGCAGGUCAAGUUGGAAUUUGGUCAUGGUUUGAUGAUUUUUUGGCAGAGUUAUGUCCCUUUCACUUUGAAAAUAAUAUAGAUACAUCUUAGGAAUAAGCAGUUUAAGUUUGAAUUUGGUCGCUGUUCAAUGAUUUUAGACAAACUUAUCUUUCCUGAGUGUUGGAAAAAUUUUGAACUUUCAGUUUCAGCACUCAUACUUUUAGCCAUUAUUUUGGCUACAAAUAUGCAAUAUGCUAUUUUUAAAAGGUUAAGACUGAAUAAUUUCAGUGCCUUGAACAUUGUAUGAAAAUGGUUUGUGUUAACAUUGAAAAGUUUAAAGGGCUUUGAACUUAAAAUGAAAAAAAAAAAUUAAUGCAACAUCUGAAAUUUUGGCUGCAUGCGGGGGCAUCCGUGGCAUGAUGACACAUUUCUAGUCUAUUUCUUGCAUAUGAUAUAUAUUUUGCUAUAACUUUUUAGAAUUGCUAUUAUUUUCUUCUACACUCCGAGUGCUUAAUGCUUGAGGUUCAAGGUUUUAAGAAUUUUUCUUUUCUUAUUCUUCUUUUUUAUUACAAGUAAAAAAAAAUCAUAAAUAGUUUUUGGACUUUGUGAAUCAAGACAUAAGAUAGUUUGAUUUAAACUGAUACAUGUAAAGGAAUUUGCAAGUCAUUUUUAGCUCACCUGAGCAUAUGCUCAGGGUGAGCUAUUAGGAUCACUCUUCGUCCGUCGUCUGUCGUCCGUCGUCCGAUGUCCGUUCACACUUUUCAAACGACAUCUCCUCUGAAACCAUAAGGCAGAUCAUAAUGAAACUUCACAGGGAUGUUCCUUGUGUGAAGCCUUAACAAAGUUGUUCAAAGAAUUCCAUUCCAUGCAGAACUCUGGUUGCCAUGGCAACCAAAAGAAAAAACUUUAAACAUCUUCUUCUAAAAAACCCAAAGAGCUAGAGGUUAGAUAUUUGGCAUGAAACAUCUUCUAGUGAGUGUCUACCAAGAUUGUUCAAAUAAAAGCCCUGGGGUCAAAAUUGGCCCCGCCCCAGGGGGUCAUUGAUUUUCCCUAUAUGCAUAUAGUAAAAACUUAAAAAAAUCUUCUUUUAAAGAACCCAAAGAGCUAGACCUUAGAUAUUAAGCAUGAAACAUCUUCUAAUGAGUGUCUACCAAGAUUGUUCAAAUCAAAGCCCUGGGGUCAAAAUUGGCCCCGCCCCUGGGGGUCAUUGAUUUUCCCUAUGUGCAUAUAGUAAAAACUUAAAAAAAUCUUCUUCUAAAAAACCCAAAGAGCUAGAGCUUAGAUAUUUGGCAUGAAACAUGUUCUAAUGGAUGUCUACCAAAUUUGUUCAAAAAAAGCCUUGGGGUCAAAAUUGGCCCCGCCCCAGGGGGUCAUUGAUUUUCCCUAUAUGCAUAUAGUAAAAACUUAAAAAAUUUUCUCUUAAAGAACCCAAAGAGCUAGAGCUAAGAUAUUAAGCAUGAAACAUCUUCUAAUGAGUGUCUACCAAGAUUGUUCAAAUCAAAGCCCUGGGGUAUAAAUUGGCCCCGCCCCAGGGGGUCAUUGAUUUUCCCUAUAUGCAUAUAGUAAAAACUUAAAAAAAUCUUCU